AUGGAAGGAAAAGUAUUAGUUGUAAACUUGGACCCCCAAGGAUAUCAAGGUUCCCACUGGGUUUCAGUUUACGUACAAACGAGUGAACAAGUUGUCUACUUUGAUAGUUUAAAUUUACCCACAAGCAUAUGCAUUAUUGAUUCAUAUUUAAAAAAUUUUUCUGUUGUUGUUAGGAAUUUGAGAGCAUACCAGUCUCUCACUUCUGAUUGUUGUGCUCACCAUUGUAUUUCUUUUAUUUAUUUUCUUUCGAAAGGCUAUACUUUCACCCAAUAUCUUAAAAUGUUAGACAAGGUUAAUGACCCUGAUAUAUUUGUGCAAAACAUUGUAAAUAAAAUGAUUAAUUAG